AUAAUAAUAUAGAAUCAUUUAAUACUGACGAUCAAAAUAAUGAUUUUGACAAUUCAAACAAUGCAGAUGCUGAAGAGAUGAACAAUGUAGAAGAAGAGGAUUUAGAUUAUAAAGCAGAUAAUGAAAUAAUGAAUAAAGACUCUGGUAGUGAAACUAAACUGCAGAUGGGUUUUUUGGAAAAUGACUUUUAUAAAUAUCUUCAAGGUUGGAUCAUACAUGCCAUCCUGCAGUUGAUGUGA